UGUUUUUGGAAGGCAAUAAAAAUGGGUCUGGGCAUUUGGGUGGUGUUCUUACUGCUCCCCUCUAUUAUUUGCUGCUCUGCCUGUUUACAAGAGGAACGAAUUUCUCUUUUGGAUCUCAAACAAGGCAUUAACUUCACUUAUGAUAACCCGCUGGAAUUGUGGAAAGGAUUGAACUGCUGCAGUUGGGAAGGAGUGGGCUACAAUCCACACACUGGCCACGUCAUCACCUUGGAUCUCAGUGGCUAUCCCAUUCAAUGGACUGAAGUUCGAGGGGGUUUAUUCCAACUGCUAUAUUUGGAGCACUUGGAUCUCUCUCAAAAUUCCUUCUACCCUCUUUCCAUCCCUCCACAAGUUGGAGAGCUAAGGAGAUUGAAGUAUCUGGGCUUAUCUGGGUGUGGAUUUAGUGGCCGAAUUCCAAGAGACUUGACUAAACUGCAGCAAUUGGAGCACUUGGACCUCUUUUGGAAUUCCUUCGACUCUCUUUCCAUCCCUCCAGAAGUUGGUGAGCUGAGGAGAUUGAAGUUUCUGAGCUUGUCUUACUGUCAAUUGACUGGCCGAAUUCCAAGAGAGUUGAGCAAACUGAAGCAAUUGGAGUACUUGAACCUCGGUGGCAAUCAUCUCCAUGGUGCCAUUCCCAUGGAGAUGGGUAACAUGUCCACCUUGAAAUCCCUUGACCUCUCUUAUAAUGAUGGUUUCCAGAACAACAAGUUGGGUGAGUUGAUAGCACAUUUGAGAGGGUUGGAGCAUCUUGAUCUGAGCAACAUGAAUUUCACUAUGGCACAACAUACUUUGUUGGAAGGAUACUUGGCUUCUCUCACCAAUCUCACCGCACUUUACAUGAGCAAUUGUGGGCUUUCAGGAGAAAUUCCUCCCUCCUUUGCAAAUCUCUCCCGGCUUCAAUAUUUGGAUCUUUCGGAAAAUUCAUUCAGAGGUAAGAUUCCUACCUAUCUUGGAGCUCUCCCUCUGUCAGCUCUUGAUCUCUCGGGGAACAAUUUGGAAGGUUUUAUUCCAUCCUCUUUCAGUCACCUCUACAAUCUGCAAUCUCUUUCUCUGAGUUCAAACAAAUUAAAUGGCAGCAUUCCGUCUACUCUAGGGAAUCUUUCCAAAUUGAAUAGGCUUGAACUCCAGGAUAACUCUCUUAGCGGUCCAAUCUCUUCCUUUGCUGAGCUAUCCAAGCUAGAGUGGCUUAAUUUAGCCAACAAUAGAUUAAAUGAAACUUUCUCAUUUUUUAUUUUGAAUAAUUGCCUUAGACUUCGGCUUUUGGAUCUCUCAAGCAAUAUAUUGACCGUAAAAGUCGAUGCCUCUACCAUCCCCAAAUUUCAACUUGAUUAUUUAGCUUUACAUGAAUGCAAUAUUACAGGAAAUUUUCCUGCAUUUAUUUCAACUCAAUAUUUCAUUCGAUAUUUAGAUUUGUCAAACAAUUUUCUUAGUGGCUUUAUUCCUGUAAGGAAGCAAAGGAGGAAAAUUCAAAAGGAAAAGGGUGCAGAGCCUGAUGACUUUGAGGAAUCUGUGGCACAGGCCUUAUUUGAUUUGGAGAACACCAAUCAGGAGCUGAAAAGUGAGCUCAAAGAUUUGUAUAUUAACUCUGCCAAACAAGUUGAUAUAUCUGGUAAUCGAAAGGCGAUUGUCAUUCAUGUCCCAUACCGCUUGAGGAAGGCUUUCCGAAAGAUGCAUGUAAGGCUUGUGCGAGAGCUGGAAAAGAAGUUCAGUGGAAAGGAUGUUGUUAUGAUUGCAACAAGGAGAAUAUUAAGGCCACCGAAGAAAGGCUCAGCUGCAGUUCGACCCCGUAGUCGAACAUUGACUUCUGUCCAUGAGGCUACCUUGGAAGAUGUUGUCUAUCCUGCAGAGAUUGUUGGGAAACGAAUUAGAUACCGUGUUGAUGGCUCCAAGAUAAUGAAGGUCUAUUUGGAUCCCAAGGAGCGUAAUAACACAGAAUACAAACUGGAAACAUUUACUGGGGUUUAUAGGAAGUUUUGUGGGAAGGAGUUUUGGGGUUGUAGAGAAGAGGGAGUUUUUCGUCUUGCAUCAAUUAGUAGAGCCAAGGGUCUUGAUAGUGGAGAGGAUCUGCCAGGAUUUGCAGAAGAUGAGAAAGAAGAUAAGCUACUUGAAGAGGUUGUCGUUGCUAUGAGAGGUGAUAAAAAUGACAUUGCAGUAGUGGAGGUUGAAGAUGAUAUUGUAGAAAAGGUAAUUCUUGAGCUUCCUAAGUUUACUAAAGUAGAAAAGAAUAGAAGUGAGUUAGAUGUAGAUGUUGCAUAUGUGCUUGUGGAAGCAGUAGAGGAUAUUGGCAGUGAAAUUUGGUGGAGGUGGUUGGUUCGUGGUGGAUCAAAAUCCAUAAAAGAGGGGAACAAUGGGCAGGUUAUUUGGUGGAGGAGUGAAAUUCGAGAGGGGAUAUUUCAACUGUUGUAUUUGGAAUACUUGGACCUCUCUGGGAAUUCCUUCAAUCCUCUUUCCAUCCCUCCACAAGUUGGAGAGCUGAGGAGAUUGAAGCAUCUGAGCUUAUCUUACUGUGGAUUUAGUGGCCAAAUUCCAAGAGAGUUGAGUAAACUGCAGCAAUUGGAGCUCUUGGACCUCAGUUACAAUCAUCUCGAUGGUGUCAUUCCAAGGGAGGUGGGUAACAUGUCCACCUUGAAAUUCCUUGACCUCUCAAUUUGGUUAAAUGAUGAUUUGCAGAGCGGCAACAUGGGUGAGUGGAUAAAACAUUUGAGAGGGUUGGAGCAUCUUGGACUGAGCGACAUGAAUCUCACUAUGGAAGGAGAUAUUUGGUUGGGGAUUAUCGCCUCUCUCGCCAAUCUCACCAAACUUUCCAUGGACAACUGUGGAUUGUCAGGGGAAAUUCCCCCCUCCUUUGCAAAUCUCUCAGGGCUUCAAUGGUUGGACCUGUCACGCAACUCAUUAAGAGGUAAGAUUCCUGUCUGUCUAGGAGCGCUUCCUUUGUCGAAUCUUUUUCUUUCUUACAACAAUUUGGAAGGUCCUCUUCCCUCCUCUUUAGGUGGGCUCUCAAAAGUGCAGUACCUGGAUCUGAGUUCAAACAAAUUAAAUGGCAGCAUUCCGCCUACUCUAGGUAAUCUCUCAUCGCUAUUUUGGCUUGAACUGCAGGAUAAUUCUUUGAGUGGUCCAAUUCCAACUUCUUUUGGUAACCUAUCCCAAGUAAAUCGACUUAAUCUGGCCAACAACAGCUUAAAUGGAACUUUCUCAUUUUCUAUUUUAAAUAGUUGCUCCCAACUUAAGGUUUUGGAUCUCUCGAGCAAUAUGUUGACCGUAGAAUUCACCCCAUCUACCAUUCCCAAAUUUCAGCUUACUCACUUAGAUCUACGUGACUCUAACAUUAGAGGAAUUUUUCCUGGGUUUAUUUCAACUCAAUAUUCUAUUAUCUACUUAGAUUUGUCAAACAACUCUCUUAGUGGCAAUAUUCCAAAUUGGCUUUGGGAACUCUCUGAUCUUGCAUUUUUAGAUCUGUCAAAUAAUAUUUUUGAGGGACAAAUUUUAAAAACAUUUAGUAGGUAUUCAAAUAUUUUUGGGUUUCUUUCAUUGGCCAAAAAUAAUAUUACUGGUUUUAUUCCAAAUUCUAUUUGUAAUGUGGUGAGUUUGGAGAUUUUAGACUUGUCAAAUAAUAAAUUUAGUGGUAAGAUUCCCCAAUGUCUAGAGAACUGUUCUAUGUUGUCUCUUGUAAAUCUAGAGAAUAAUAACUUAGAGGGGAUGAUACCAAAUAUAUUUGAGAGAAUGAAUUCUUCCCUUGAGACUUUGAAAUUAGGAAACAAUAUGCUUGAAGGAAAUAUUCCAUUAUCACUUGGAAAAUGUGGGACUCUAAAAAUCCUUGAUAUAAGAAACAAUAAUUUACAAGGGAGCAUUGCAAAUUGGGUUAAAAGCUUGUAUAGUCUCCAAAUUUUAGUACUGAAAAAUAAUAAAUUUAAAGGUAAAAUCCCAUUGCAGUUAACCAAACUUCAAAAUCUUCAAAUUUUGGAUAUUUCAAAUAAUCUCUUUUCAGGGGUUAUUCCAAGUGACUUGAUGAAGCUAACUACAAUGACAAAUCAAUCAGACAACACAAAUGUCUUUGAACAAUCAUUCUUUCUUAGUAUGAUAGCUUCAGAGGGAGCUGUACCAUACAUAGAUGGGAUAAGAGUUAUGAAUAAAGGACAAAAUAUGGAGUUUAGGCAAAUUUUGAGAUUAGUAAAAUGUCUUGACCUUUCCAGCAAUAAUUUGUCGGGUAAAAUUCCUUGGAAUAUUGGAUCCCUCAAAGGUUUGAUUAUUUUGAACAUUUCAAGAAAUCAUUUUAGUGGCGAGAUUCCUAAAUCUAUUCGAGAAAUGGUGCUAUUGCAAUCACUUGAUCUUUCACACAAUAAUCUCUCUGGUGUUAUUCCUACUGAGCUGCAACUUCUCACAUCAUUAAGUUACUUUGAUGUGUCCUAUAAUAACCUAUCAGGGAUGAUACCACAAGGAGGACAAAUGAUGACAUUUAAUUCGACAUAUUUCUCCAACAAUUUUGGCUUAUGUGGUCUACAAAUUUAUGUAUCAUGCUUAAGCAGUCAUCCUAAUUCUCUAAGGGAACAUGAAGAAAACAAUGAAGAUUCAGAGGAUGAUAUAUGGUGGGAUAUGGGGAUGGCAACAGGCUGUGUAAUUAGCUUUUCAAUCGUAAUGGGAAUCUUGUGGAUCAACAAAACAUGGAGCGUCAUAUGCUUCAAAUUCAUGGAUGCCACUAUUAAUUUUCUAUUUCAAACAUUGUGAAAAUAAUUGUAUUCUAGAAAGUAGGAUCAUUUAUAUUCUACUUUUUGAUCCACAAGCUAAUCAUGUAACAUCAAUUAUCAUAUUUUCAUGUUGCAAAGUGCAAAAUAUAUGAAACGAUGUAUAUUCUACAUAAUGUAUAACAAACACUAUGUUACAUAUUGUCUGUCAAAUUUUAUACAACUAU